AUGCUCAUCGAGGUCCGAAGGAUUGGUAGAAGAACUACCGAGACACAGAAGUUAGACAUCGCCCGGCAACGCGAUCGUCUCCAAGGCCAGAUAGAUGGAUUCACUCGGUCUGCUAUUACGCAUCUCGGAGAGGGAUUUGAUGCAGAUGAUGAUCCUGAAGACUUGUACUUGGACAUUCUUGAUGAUCUCGAUGAUGACUUGGCAGACUUCACCGAGACAUCUGACACAUGGGCAAACUCCCCUGAGCUCACUGUAAUCCCAUUGCCAUCAAACCUCGGGGUAGAUCGAUGCAGACGCUGUAUGGCAGACGAUCUCAUUCCGCUGGAGAUGUCUCUUCGUGAAGGGCAGGCCAAUGACUCCCUUCACAACCUCCGAAUUCACUUGUGCAACAAGGCGAUUCUGUUUCGAACAACAGUGACGUCGGUGCAGCAGGCGGUGUCCCUCCAUGCCAGUAUAUAUACGAAGACGAGGAAGCAAAUGAUGCAACUGGAGCCAGGGCAAGACCAGGUUCAGAAAUACAAACCCCUGCUUCGAGAGCAGCUCAAAUCAGCACUGCCGUCGGCGAUCCAAAUGCCCGAGGUCAGCGAAACGAGUCCCUCGCUUGGUUCUGGUCAGUCGAAGUCGACCUUGGGGGUCCCAAUCACUCGUGGAAUGAGGAAUCUGACAGAGUCAUCCGAAGUUUACCGAGUUCAUUGGCUCCGGGCAAAGGCACUACGGGAUCGAUGGAAGGAAGAAAAUGAUGUUGGUCCAAUUGGAGAUGGAUUGGACAUCAACCCAAUGGGUGACAGGAUGCGGGAAUCAUUGGUGAAACACCUUCCGGGUCAUGCAUGCUACUCGGGAAGGCAAUCCCAAAUACGUCCGGCAAUGGGUUCCGACCCCUCACACUCACUCAGGCAGAUAUUGCAGCUACAAUGUCAAUGGCUGCAUCUUGCAUCCGAGCGUCCAUCUCUCAAUAUCAGAUGGAGGCUGCCCACACCCAGGAGCCAUCUGCUACUUCGGAUCACGCACUUUAAAGCCGGGCUGCAAUGGGAGAUAGCUUACUCAGCUGCAAGGAACAUCAUUUCGGUUGUUCCGAGCCCGGUUGCUCAUAUUCUUCAGUUGAUUCCGGAGCUCGCCUGGAACAUGGUUCCGGACCACAUCUUUUCAUCCCACCUAUGCCAGUUUCAAGAUGUUGCAGAUCUGGGGGAUCCCUCCCGCAUUGUAUCCACCUAUGGUACUCCAUGGUGGACCGGAUCAACUGCCAUCCCGAACGAAUUAUGGCCAUGGGAUCAGUCUGGCGUUGAGGACGAACGUCUUGUUGUUCCCGAGCAGGUGGAUGAAAGCUCGGUUGCAACGCUGAAGGCACUGAGGUGGAUGAGGGAACGCCUCCUGACAGUGAUUGAGGAUCAACAAGCUGGCAUCCGUGAAAAGAUGGCAGAGAUUCAGAUGUACAACCGCCGUCCUAACCAAAUUGAACCCAAGGGGACCAGAGUAGUUCUAGUCCUUCAGUUCAGAAUGUUGAUGUCUAAAUUCUGUACAUGA